CUUGCCACCAUUGAGAAGAAAAUGUGCAUCUUAGCCCUUCUUUGGCUUAGAAUUCCUAGUACAAUUUACACAUCAACACUUCAGAAAGACCUUCAUUUGUGUAACCGCUGAACCAAAUCUAAUCCAUAUUCUAGGUAAAGGAUGCAUAUUCUUUUGAAAUGGAACUUUCAUCUUGCGCAUUAGUAACCCCUCCCCUUCAUCCUUUUAAUACUUCUUUCGCUUUCACUUCUUUAACUCGAGCUAAGUUUCGAGUUUUAACCUACCGAAAACUACCGAUAAAAUUUUGAUGCGCCUACCGAAAACUGCCAAAAUAAACUGGCCACACUGUUUUGAUUGUUUUGAUGCGUGCUCGCUAGUGAAAACCUCGUGCCGGCAAACUGUGCAAAAUUCGUUUUACGUAUUAUUUUACCAUUUUCAACAUGAAAGAGAAAACAAACAUUCGAGAUUUAUUUAGCUACGCUGCCGAACGAAACACAUUUUUAAAGAUUUGUGCUCCGAUGGUAAGAUACAGCAAACUAGAGUUUCGCCAUUUGGUACGUUCGUACGGGACCGAUCUAGCUUUUACCAGCAUGAUAAUGGCUGAUUCCUUCUGCAAGAGCGAAAAAGCACGCCUGAAUGAGUUCACCACGAACGAAGAAGACACACCGUUAAUAGCACAAUUUGCUGCCAACAACACAAUCGACUUCCUGUCCGCCAGCGAGAUGGUCUACCCCUACGUCGAUGGCGUUGAUCUCAACUGCGGUUGCCCCCAGCGUUGGGCUAUGGCGGAAGGGUACGGAAGUGCGUUGUUGAAAACUCCCGAACUUAUAGCCGAUAUGCUCGGAACGGUGCGUCGAAACAUGCCCAGCACGUUCAGUGUUUCGGUAAAGGUGCGCUUGCUAUCGAGCACCGACCAUAAACGAACGAUCGACAUGUGCCGUCAGCUGGAGGCCACCGGCAUAACAUUCCUUACCGUGCACGGUCGCACUGCACCGGAAAUGACGAAGGUUCCGGUCCAUAAGGAUGCGCUGCAGGAAAUCAAACAAUCCAUCGGCAUUCCAAUGGUUGCCAAUGGUGAUAUAUUCACGCUGGACGAUGCGGAACAAAUGUACUUGCAAACAAAGUGCGACGGCGUAAUGACAGCCCGUGGCAUACUUUCCAAUCCGGCACUGUUCGCGGGUCACAGCAGCACCCCGGUGGAGUGUGUCAAGCGAUGGUUAAACAUCUGCCAGCAGGCCGACACCGACAUUACGUACCAGUGCAUGCAUCAUCACUUUUCCUUCAUGACCGAAUCGCUCCUUACGAAACGUUUGCGCUACGAGCUGAACAAUUUGUCGAAGGAAAAGCAGAAAGUGUACGAGUUCAUUCAGACGCACCUACCGCUGGACGGUGUCAUUGAUGACGUUGGGUCCGGAAGACAGUAUCCGGAAAAGAUAAGCUGUACCUAUAGCGAACGAAACUACCGAGAAAGGACAACGGUGGUAAACGGUGGCAGAAAGGACGAUAGCACUGCCGCUAGUGCCGGUAGCUUAUAUGACCCCGAAGCGUCGGAAGGUAACUUUUUCCAAAGCAAGCGGGUAGAACUGGACGCAACGACACCGGCCCUGGAUGGGGAUGGCGAGUCGACCGUGGAUGGAGUCGAUUUUAUGGACGGAAGCAGCAUUUUGUUCGACGAGUGAGUAAGUACAAUAAACGAAAACGAUUUUUUGUUGCUCAAUGAUGUGUACCCGCUUUCCAAACAUGGUGGUUACAUCCGAAGAAACCGAUAAAGCACUCCUGUGUAAGUUGGUUGAUACUAAGAUUUGAUACAUGCUCCCUCCCUCAUUACCAUUUGCAAUCCUUCUCUCUCAGUAAGAUACAUGUUUUAUAUAGAUACCUCGUUUUUAUAGUACUUUUUAUUUAAACAUUGGUUUUCCAUCUGUUUUACUGCGCUGUUUUUUUGUUUUUUUUUUUCAUCUUACAUACAUCAUUUCAACACACGCCACACUCGUUUAACACACACACACACAUUAUGAUGUUGUGAUAUUGUGUUUUGUUGUCUACCUUGCUGCUUUGCUGCAGUGCAUUUCUUCUGACUUGACUAAGUUUUGCAUUUGCUUUUCAAUUUGCUCUUGCCAUUAUGCUCUCUCAUAUUAUGCUUCUUUCCUUUCCUACUGUCUCUCAUGGCUGGACCGUUCUCGACUCCCCCUUUUUGAGCUCUGUUUCUAUCUCUCUGUUCUGUUUGCUGUGUUUACUCUCUGCCUGGGUGUUUUUAUAUAUGUUUGGUUGAAUGAUGUGGCCAUUUUUCUGUUUUGUUUCUGAAAGGGUUUCUUUGCUCUUUAUUUCGCACUUACGAUAGAUUCCCUUCAGUUAUUGGAUGACCUUCAAUCCUGUUCCAUCCGGGGGUUCGUGUGCUCAAGGAUGGAUGGGAAAUAUUGUGUUUUUUUUUUAUUUUGUUGUUGUUUUUUUUAGUUUACUUCACCCAGGAGUGUACUUGCUGUAGUAGGACGUAGUGUAGUUUUGUGUUGUCUGUUAGGAGUUCACUAGUGUGCCAUUGAUUUCUACAAGCUAGUACUUCCGUUUACCCAUUCGGUUUUUGUGUUGUUUUGUUUUGGUUGUUGUUGUUUCUUUUUUUUAUCAAAAUUGGAUUUUUGUUUGUUAAGUAUCCUCCCCUGUGUGUCUGUGUGUAUUUGUGUAUGUGUGUGUGUUAGGUAUUAAGUAGUUAGUAGUUAGUAGUAGCUCAUCUCACGCCUACCUCCCGCACCGGAGAGGAAGGUAAAGGUGCAGCAUAGUAACAACGAUAUAUAGCAUCAAAAAACUGGGGGGAGAGGGAGAAAACUUCGGUUAUUCUUCACCUAAAACCCAUACACGGAAGUCACAAAAACAGUGAAACACAAAACCCAAGCAGAAUAUUUUGAUUUAGCAGGUGUGUUGUUACGUACUUUGCGUUAAAUAUUUGUUUCUUGCGUUUUUGUUGUUGUUGUUUGAUUUGAGAGUAUAUAGCGAGUUUGUGUAUGUGCGAGUGUUUGUGUAGGUGUGGGGUGUUUGUGUCUUAGGUUGCUCUUAAUAGUGGCAUGUUCAAUUGUUGGAGCGUUUGGAGGCGGUUCUGCAUUUGCUGGAUUAUUAUCGUAAUUUGCUGGACAAACUAACAAGCAAUUUAGCGCGCUGGCGCUACAUUUUACACACACUCACACACUGUUCGUGCCAUUUGUUGUUUGCGUUUCAGCUUAACCGUAAGAGUAUGCAGUGGGUUUUAGGGUAUUUUAGCUUUGCCAUCGUAUCGCAUCCUUAUCUCGUACGGGAUUCGACGACACUCGAUGGCAGGUGUCGCUCGAAAUGAACGUUCGCUCUUUCGGCUGACAGCACUGUGGUUGGUUGUGGUUUGUGCAGAUCUAGAGUGGCAAGUGCUUAUGGUGGUUGGCUUACUUGAUUGAACGAUCCAUACAGAAUCACACCACAAAACCGUACCAUAAUGUUCACUUGAGAUCAAGUGCUUUCACUGUUUCAUUCUCACGCUCUCACUCUCUCUCUCUAGAUCCGUCAACCGUCCACUCCGUUCGAAUAGGCUGCCAAUUGCCUCACAUUUUCCUUGCGUACCAUUGUGUGUGUGUGUGUUGAGAUGCGCAACAAUGCUUUAAUCUAUUUGCUUGUUUAAUAGGGCGGUUGUUUUUUUUAUGCUGUUGUUUAAAUUAAUUACACCAGUAGCAUGUGCUUGCUUGCUUGCUUCCUUCUGUUUUUGCUCGAUCUCCUGUUAGUUAUUAACCUUUCCCGCAGCUGUUCUUUUCACAUCUGUUCUUUGUUGUGUAUGAUCACCUAUUAAUCUAAUCUGUAAAUGUUUACAUCAUUACACUUAUAUGUGUGUUGUAUAUAAAUAUAUUCAUACUUAUACAUGAUAUAUAAUCUAUUCUAUGCAUUCAUUCUUGGGCAUUCGUACCAUUCGUGGCCAGCGUUACCGGUCUUUGGGUUCCGGUUUUUUUUUUGGCCGCACCCACCUUCUGUACCCCACCACUCUGAUGCAUUUAAUCGCUCCGCUGUUUACCGUCCCUUAACCGUCACUUCCCGCUUGUUCUGUUUAUUUCUUAUUGUGUUGCCUUUUACUGCUGCCUUCGCUUACAUUUUGUUGGCGUAGAUGUUUUUAGUACUAUUGUUUUUUUAUUUGGUUGUUGCUUACAUUUCUUUCUUUUACCAAUCGUUUUGCUGUCCUUUAUACAUAGAUUAUAUAUAUAUGUGUUGUGUGGUUGUGUGUGUGUUUUCUCUUCUUCUCUUCAUUCCACUACUUUUUCUUUCGCUUCAUUUAGUAUGACCUUCUUUUACUGCUGUGUGUUUGGGUGUUUAUUAUUUUGAGUCAGUUUUCUUUAAUAUAUUUUCAAAAUUUCAUUUAAUCAGUGUAUUGAACCAAGCCACCGCAAUAGUAGUAGUAGACUCAGUAGAAAGGGAAGGAAUGACAACCAACUCCCUGUAUACCGCCAAAACCAAGCGGACACGUUAAAGUAGAGCAUAACUAAUGGAUAGUGCGGUUAGUUACGGCAAUGUGUACGGGUCACGGACCGUCUCAGCCUGGCUAUGAUUGGGUGGCUCCCACUAUCUGGGUUAUAGCAACUACCCAUCAAUGAAAGAUAAAAAACCAGCUAGUAUAAAACCAUUGCACAAACAAAAGUGUGUGUGAUCGCAUACGAGGCAUACGACAUUGCAUUCGGUACAUUCGGGCAGCUCGGGUUCAACCCCACGCAGACCGGAACGUACCGGUAAAAAAAAAAAAUGGUUAGCGUUAACGUAACAGAAAUCAACAUUCUAUGCAUGAUGGUAUCGAAAGCCUUCUACAGUCCCCUCGGAGGAGAGCGUGCAUUAUGCAGCGUGUUUCACGUGUAAGAUUGUUCAGCGCUGCACAGCUUUGUUUGGGCCAGGCGGCUCUCACAGGCUACCACUAUCAGCAGCACGUUUGUCAAGUGUGCAGAGAGUGUUGUCAACAAGCGCUAUCUGUAACACUGAUGUAUUUACUACCAUCAUCAUCAUCAUCAUCCUCGUCAUCUUCGGCCUUUCUAUAUAAUUAGUAGUUCAUUUCCGCCCUGCCCGCAUACUAAAGCAGUUGCUGCUGUCCAGGUGCGCGACUGUGUUGGGAGGGGCGGAAAAGGGGACUUAAUGACACUCACUCACACACACACACAUACACUAUCUGUUUGCGAUAAGAUUUGCUUCCUUUUUUGUUUAGCAUUUGUUUUUUUUUUGUUUGUUUGUUUGUUUCUCUAACACCUAUAUUAACGCGCGUCGAAAAAUCCUACAAAAAUGGACGAAUUUUCUUUUUUUUUGCCUAGGAUGCAAUUUUCCGACUGUAACCUCAGCUGAGUGAUUGUGGAUUGUGUUGCGGUUUUUUUUUGUUUUAGUUUUGUUGCACUUUUCCCCCGAAUUGCUUGGCCCUAUCGGUCUUGCCUGCAGGCUUGCUGUGUGUUUUUUUGCUUGUUUACAUCCCUCUCUAUAUCUUCCGUCACGGACUGCUUCUUUUCUAUUGGCAAAGCCAGCAAAAAAACAAAACAUCUAUUAGUGGAGUUCUAUAGCUUUUCUGCUGCGGGCAGAAGCAUCACCCGGCCUUAAGAGCAGCGUAAUGAGUGUGUGUGUGGUUUGUGUGGAUAAAAAACAGGCAGAGUGUAUGUGAGAGAGAGAGAUGAUUUGCGGAAGAAGACGGACGACGACGAUAUGCUGCGCGGAGGAAAUCCCUGUGCUUGAAAUGCAAUACCCUGCGCCGCCUGCUUCGCUUGCUACCUAGACGUGUGCGAAUAUAAUGCUAGAAUGCGGAAGAAGCUCUCGUUUGUUUGCACUGUCUUGUUAUCCUGUUGUUGUUUUCAGCUUGUUUUUUUUUCUUCUUUUUUAUGUCUUUAGUUAAGGGUUGUAAAAUUAUUGUUGAUGCAACAUCUCUCUUGCUUCUGCUGCACGCCUGCUCUAGUGGUGUGGCUUUGUGGAUUCAACAGUGCACACGUUUGGUGGUUUGAUAGGUGUGAUAAUGGGUUGCUUGCAAGAACGAGCUUUGGGUUGUUUCUUUUCAUUUUAUUUUAUUACAAUGUUAUUGCAGAAAGCGUAAAGGAGCCAGUGUCCAGGGUUAACAGGUGUGUUUUGUAAGGAUAGGUGUGAUAGGAGGAAAAUUAAAA